GAACGUGCUUGGCUGCGUUCGUAGGCAAAAACGUAACAUGAGGUGUCAUGACAUGACAUUGGCUGGCGCGUGAGUCUCGAAUUUCGAUUUCCUUACGUAGAUGCCAAAGCGCGUUGUUUGUCCUGCUUGUUUGUGUUGAAGAUUUUUGUAGAGUGAUCGAUUGUAGAAUAGCUCCAUGAACUAUCUGCUACAUUUUUAGAUGGCGCCCAAGAACCCAGGCUAGUCUAGAAACUUCUAAUCCAUUCGUCUCAACAUUCAAAAGAAUGAAUUUUCUGUUGGAUUCGUUUGCCUUACUGCCGGAGCUGACCCGGAUACCACCUUCCACUGGGAAUGGUGUCGCAGCUUCUGCAUCCUGCAGCCUUGCUGGCCGUAGGGCAUUGGUAGUCGGCGGAACGAAGGGGAUUGGACGCGGGACUGCUAUAUUAAGGCUCAACGUAAUAGAUAAUUCUAAGUAUCAAUCUCACGGACUUCUUGAAGUCGACCUUUCAUUUACACUCUUUUAAUGACAGAUGGUAAGGGCGCUCGCGAGCGCGUCACGUGUGAGACAGAAGGGUCGCGCGGGAACAUAAUAAUGAUAUUAAUGAUAAUUAAUGAAGUUGCCAUUUCUAGUAUAGGUCAUUUGCCUUUGUUUGCGUCUUUGAAUCAGUUUAUUAUGAGACAGUGACAGUGACCUUAUAAGAUAUGAACCUCCUAUUGAUUGUGAGCAGAUCUAAGCAUAGCUCUCGCGGAAAGCGGGUGCGCUACUGUCGAUGUCGUAGGCCGAGAUCGCAUCGCUGGAGCUAGCGUAGUGCAAGCUAUCGAAGCUGUAGCUAGAGGCUCGGGGGACAGACAAGAUGUUGUUGGCCAAUCUAAUAGUACUAGUGCGUCAUCUUCGUCUACUGCAACUGCGUCAUCUCCUGGAGUCCAAGUAAGAUUAAGGCUUGCGGAAAUCCAUCUUCCCAAUCAUCUUUGUCCCGUUUCUAAAGGGAAACGGGUACUAUGGAGAUGCUUUAAAAGGUAUGGAGAUUUCUGCAAGUUCCAAUAUGAGCACAGUUUUUGUCCGCGGAUUUGUCGUCUGUGAAGGGGUGUAGAAAUUUUGUUUCGCAGCUCAGUGCGUCAGGGGAGCCGUCCUAUGACAUCCUAGUCUUCACGGUUGGCGCGUGGCCAGACUUCAAGAACCCACUCACGAGCGACGGUUUUAAUCGCGUGCUUUUUCUGGACGUUUUCUCGCGAUAUCUCUUGAUACAAGGCCUGCUCAGUGCGCGAAGCGACAUUAUGGCAACAACAUCACUAUUGUAGUAUAAACAACAUCAUCUUUGUUGCCUUGUAAGUGCUCAGGAGUCUCAGUCUCAGAAUCAGAUAAUAAAUGUAGUAAAUCCAGGACAAGUGAAGAAUACAGGUGAGGAAUUUUAGAACUUCUAGACUCAAAGGAUGAACUUGGUUGGAUCCGUCUCUGGAUAGGUGAUAUGUACUGCUAACGACAGCGCAUCCUUAGUGAUGUCCGUCCUGGCGUCAGGGCAAAAGCUUUCAGCUGGAGGCCAAUCCAAAGAAGAGCGGCAAGCGUUUUUAGAGGAGAAGGUAGUUUCGAAGUGCCUAGCUUUAUUGUAAUUCUUUUUGUUGGUCAGGUUCACCACUGGCGGUUGGCUCGUCUCUUUCUCUCAGCAAGGAGAGGCAAAAGGGCUCGGCCGCAGAUUUCCUAGCCGCGUAUGGGAUUGCCGCCCCUUGACGAGACCGAAAAAGGGGCGGCAACGAUUUCGAGGGGGCACGGAAAUGGGGGCGGGGCUUAGUGGGCACAGCCUUGAAGCAGAGGAAGCCCUUGGAAAGCUGUAGGCGCUACAACUCAGGGUCGCGCUUCGGGCGUAAGGGGUGCGAGGACUAACAUUGCCGGUCGACGCUGCGGCCUGUUAUAAGACGCCGGCGGUCCAAGUUCGAACGGAUGGGCGCACUCUCAGGGUGAGGCAGUGCCCUCUCAUCUCAGGGUGUGGCGAUUUGCGUGCGAUGCGUGUCGUCUCUCGUGGUUCUCUUGCUGGUGCGCUUACUCAAGUAGCCGACAGCCCGAAACCAAAGCCCAGGGGACUGCUGUAGACUGAGCGAAGCCUGGGCAGUGCAUGAGGGACAUUGGUGAGGGUGUGGGGCUGCUGCUAAUGGAAGGCAUUGCCGUGAAAAACUAGCAGACAGCUAACCAAAUGGACGCGCUGCAAAUGGGACGCAACGAGGCGCAUUUCUCUGAUGGCACAAGCUGGCGCCCGCCGCUUCCGACAACAAGAGCCCUCCGCACGCCGAGAGCCUAAGCAAAGUGGGGCGCCUUUUUUGCGUCGAGUCCGGAAACACAUCUCGAGCAACUUCGCAGGCCGUGGUUGUCUGAUCUCCCGGGAUAAACAUAAGCGAGAACUUCGCAAAAGGAGGGAGCGGGGCAGCGUGGGGAACAGCACAGGGGUGGGGACGAUGGUGGCCGGUAGGAGUACCAGGCAACAGCAGGGGGAGACUCGUAAGCGAAAGCGGGCGCGACAUGGGUCCGCUCUUUUCUCUCGUCUCCUUAGUAUGCAUUGGAUGAAUAUGGAAAGUAAGGGCGCUUUGUCUUGUGUGGGUGAGGAAGUAGUAUAGUGGCUGUUUCUCUCCUUAGGUUCUUUCGCGCCACAUCACUCCGGAAGCGCGUGCCGCGUACCGCGAGAACACAGUCUUUAUGAAGACGCUUGGUUGUGCCGGUUGCGCGCAUGACCACAUGUUAGCGGCGCUCGCGGAAAAGCAUAAACAAGUGAAGUUUGUCGGAACCUUUCCCGGUCUAGUCGAAACCGAGGUUAUGUUCAGCACCCUGGGCGAUAAUAUCUUCUCUCGAGGCCUCAACUUCCUGGGCCGCGCUGUUCCCGCAGCAUCCGGAAUGCAGACCAUAGAGGAAUGCGGCAGAGCGCAUGUCGACGUCAUCAAACAUCAACUAUCCAACCUGCAGACCCCUUCUACUUCUAUUAUGAUUCGCUCUUAAUUCUUCGUCUCUGUUCUCGGCAUGAUCUUGAUAGUUAGACUUUUCCCAUGAAGUAUUUUUACCAAGUAAAUCGUUUUCCUCCCAUAGACAAAACGAAUACAGGGGAAAACGUACUACCAAGAUGAGGGGGCCGAGUUGAAUUGCAGCACACUCUAAUAGUAGCACUACUUCGACAGAACAACCUCCAAAGAACCUAUCAUUCUGGAGCGCGGUCCACCGGUCGCAACGACAACUCCCGGAUUUUUUUGGACUGCAAUCAUGGUUUUUGGAGAAGCUGGAUAGUUCGCUGUCCUCAGUCGGGGCAGAGUGACGUUCGUGCCACCUGCAUUUGUAGUACUUCUUAGAUAGAGCAGGCACAUCUUUUGAGGCAGGAGAACAGGGAUCCUAUUGGGCAGAACAGGCCGGGAACUUGCUGGGGUCCGUCCAUUCCUUUUCUUCGUGUGAAUCUACUUACUCGACCAAAGAGACAUCACUUCUAGGAACUCGUCAUGAUUACGUCGCACAUGAUGGAUGGCGCUUGCUUCCAAGAGGCUAACGAAGUAGAUACUCGAAAAGACGACGCAUGGUAACAAACUAUACAAGACGCGCUUUUCUCGCUUUAUUUCAAAAGACUCUACUAAGGUAUUGGAGACGAGACUCCAAAAAGCAAAUCAUCUGAAAC